AUGGCGACCAAUGGUAGUGAUACAAAACAGAGUCGAAUACAUGUUAAAAAGCCAUUUGGUACGACAAAUUUUUUACAAAGUAGUUCAUCGACAAAUGGUUUUAGUAAUCACAUAAAAAAACGAACAUUACAAUGGAAUAAUUUUUUUCAUUCGAAAAAAAAAUCUAAUCAUUCAACUGGAUCGAAUAAUAGCUUGCAAUCUGAUGAGAACUCAACAGGUGAACCUCUCGUCUUUCAUGCUAUUGCACCAGCUUCGCCAGAAGAAAUAAAACAAUCAUCAAACCAUGUUAACCAUGAAAAACAGCUUAAAAACGUACCAGAAUCAACACCGAAUUCUCAAAUUCGUUAUGUUCUUGCUCAUACUAAAAUAAAAGCAAUGUCAACCAAUGAUGCAUCAACUCAAGUACAAUCGAGUUUUUCAGAUGAAGAAGAAAAUCAAUCAAAAUAUAAACCUGUAUUAUCCUCCAUAGAUGCUGACGCUGAUGAAUCUGACAAUGGUAGUAAUCAAAAUAUUAAAAAAGCACGUCGUUUACAAAAAAAUAGUCGAGCAAGUAAUUUAUCUCUACAGCAAAAACAUGAAAAUAAUAAUUGUAAAGAUGAACAACAACUAUCAAGUUCUGAUGAAAAGGACAGUAACGAACCAAGCUUAGUCGCGAAUGGACAUAUUGAACAAAGAGCGAAAUUAUCAUUAACUAAAAAAUUUGAUCGUUUAGCGACAGUAGCAACAACAACUGAUCAUGAUUAUUCCAAAGAACAGUACCAUCGUUAUCAUCCAUUAGAUAAUCUUGACUCCAAACUGUCUACACCAAAUGAAUCAAGUUUAUCACCAAUAGUAACAACAAAUACAUCGACGAAUCAAACACCAGUAAAAAAAUUAAAUCGCUUUCAAGUUAAAUCUAUCCGUAAAUCCCAACAACCCCAAAUGAUAUUAUUAAAAGCUGCUGCAGCUAAAUCUUCGAAUGAUGAUGAAUAUUCUGUACCAAAUGAAUGUUCAGUUUCAUCACUAAAAACACCAUUUAUUGAUAGAAAACAUGCUAAUACGCCUAUAGCUGAUCUAGAAAAUAUAUCAUCGAAUACAAAUAGCAUUGUUCAUGGUGUAAUUUCAACAUUGGUUAGCGUUCAAAAUGAACAGAAUCAUGUUCAUUUUCGAGCUAUACCACAUGAAAAACAAGAUUCAACUGCUGACGAAGAGAAAUCACCUGGUAUACCAGCAACAACAGCUGCAAUGCCAAUUCCAGCUCCAGCCUCGUCGACAGCCUCGGCAUCAAGAGAGGAUGAUGAAGAAGAAGCGAUUGGUAAGAGUCCUGACAAUCGUUUUAUUAAAUAUGCGAAAGAAAUAGGCAGAGGCGCUUUUAAAACAGUCUAUCGUGGCUUGGACACAGAAACAAGUGUUGCUGUUGCGUGGUGCGAAUUGCAGGAUUUUGCACAAUUCGAUAAACAUGAACGAGCACGUUUUAAGGAAGAAGCUGAAAUGUUAAAAAAGUUGCAACAUCCAAAUAUCGUACGAUUCUUCGACUUUUGGGAAGAAACAAAUCCAAGAACAAAUAAAAAAGUUAUUAUUCUUGUGACAGAAUUGAUGACAUCUGGUUCUUUAAAGGGAUAUAUACGUAAAUUUAAAGGCCAAAAAGAAGAAAAGCGCAUCAAUGUAAUGAAAAAAUGGUGUCGUCAAAUUCUUAAAGGUCUUGCUUAUUUACACAGUCGUAAUCCUUCUGUAAUUCAUCGCGAUUUAAAAUGUGAUAAUGUAUUUAUAUCGAGUACCACUGGUUGUGUUAAAAUCGGUGACCUUGGUUUAGCAACGUUUAAAACUCAAACAUUUGCUAAAAGUAUGCGUGGUACAAUGGAAUUUAUGGCACCUGAAAUGUUCGAUGAACAGUACGAUGAACUUGUUGAUAUAUAUUCUUUUGGUUUGUGUAUGUUAGAAAUGAUGACUGGUGAAUAUCCAUACAUCGAAUGUAAAGGACCAACAGCAGUUAUAAAGCGUGUUAUAGCUGGUUUAAAACCAGAAUGUUAUUAUAAAGUUGAAAGUGAAGAUGUACGAGAAGUUAUUGAUUGUUGUAUACGCACAAAAAAAGAAGAACGGUUACCUGUUCAUGAAUUAUUACAACAUUCAUUUUUUCUCGAUGAUAAUGGAUUGCGUAUUGAUUUCGUACGCGAUCCAGCAAAUGAUUUACAAGUAAUGGUUACCAAUCAUUCAAUUAAUUUAAAAUUGAAAGUUGUUGAUAAAACAAAACGUAAAGCAUUGUGGGCAGAACAUGAAGCUAUACUUUUCCGGUAUAAUUUUGAAGCCGAUAAGCCCGAACAAAUAGCUGAUGAACUCAUUGAAAAGAAUUAUAUAUUUGAGGAGGAUAAAAAAUUUGUUGUUCAAUCAAUUAAAGAUCGAGUCAGAGCUUAUCAAUAUGAGCAAAUUGAUCGAAAAGCUGGAGUUUUUUGUCGAGAUAGAAAACCAAUAGCUGCUCAAACAUCACUUGUUGGACAACAACAACAGCAACAGCAAGUUCCACAACCUCAGCAGCAGCAACAACAGGUUCCACAACCUCAGCAGCAGCAGCAGCAGCAACAACAACAGCAACAACAACAACAACAAGUUCCACAACCUCAGCAGCAACAACAACAGGUUCCACAAUCGCAGCAGCAGCAACAACAGUUACCUCCUCCUCAACCAGCACCACCACUACAACAGCCGUCAACUUCAUUGUUAGUUCCACCUCAUGUAUCAGCUGCUCAUCCACUGAUACCAGCAGAUUCAAUUAUUCAACAAACAAUACUUGAAGUACCACAACAACCAAUGGUUAAAUCAUCGCCAGAAAUUCUACAGGCUAAAUCAGUUGUAGCCACUGAACCCAUUCCGAUUCCGCAAGCCACUGAAAAUAAUUCAAGUGUCUCUGGUUCAGCUGGUAGUCUUGAAGUAUUGGAUGCAGCAUUAAAGAAAACGUUUAAUAAAACUAAUGUACCUCAAGGGACAAGUAAUCUAUCAGCGAUUAACAACGAAAUGAGUGAGCCAACGAUACCAUUGGCUACUCAAGAUGAUUCAUCGGUAACGAAAAUUGGAAAUGACUCUGCUGUUAUUGAACAAAAACAGCAACAACAAGUAGACGAAUCUGGAGGGCUCUUGCCUGUGGAAUUGCCUACAAGUAUGCUUCAAAUAUCGACACCUUCAACUUUACAGACUCAAUCUCAGCCAACAACAAUGUUCGCAUCUGCACCACAACAAAUUUUACAAAAUCCUCUUCUCCUAACUCAAACAUCACAAAGUUUUUCUCACUUGCUUGUACCUCCUGUGCAACAACUUAUGAAUACAAUUUUAACCAAUGAUACUAUAAAGCAGUCAGUAUCUUCUUCUUCAACAACUAACCUAGAGACUAUUGAAAAUAGUCAAAUAUCAACAUCUCCUCCAUAUACAAAUGAAACAGUUCAAACUCCUAUUCCAUCAGAUACAUCAUCGACUUCUCAACCACCUAUAUUGGGUAGUUUAAAACAGCUUGAUGCGCUUCUUACAAGUACAUUCAAAAAUUCCAGUAAAACUGUUGGUACAACACAAAAUAGUGAUUCGGAAAUGGGAAAUACAAAUGUAUCAUUACCAACCAAUUAUGAUAUUGCUACAAGAGCCAUGGAGAUAGAAUCAGAUUUAACAAAUAAAUCUAAUGAGAAGCAACAAAGUUCUAGCCCAUUAGUACCAUCAGUAGUUCAAUUGGAACCAGAUGAAGCAUCGAUUAUUAUUUCUCAGCUUGUUCAACAAGCACAAGCACAGCCAGCAAUUCAUUUUGAUGGAAUAACAUUAGUGAAUAGAAAUAAUUCAGAGUCAGACUCAUUAUUUAAACCUAUAGACGACAGAAGUCUAUCGGUUGAUGACAGUAUCACUGCUGUAUCAUCGAAUGAUUUAUCGGACGUUAAAUUAAUGAUUGGUGAUUUAAGUAAAAUAUUCAUAAAUCGAAUGAAUACUAUUGAAAAUAAAAUUGAUGAACAACGAAAUCAAACUCUACAAAUCAAUAAUUUAUUAACAAGAACUGUUUUGCCAUCGUUCAUGGAUUUAGCUGCUAUCAUCCAUGAGACACCCAAUCUAGAUUCGCACGUAAGAAGUAAACUUAAUGUUAUUCAAAUGAAUAUACGAAUAGCACAAAAACAGAAACCAAUUGACAUUAACGAUGUGACGGACAUCUAA